UAAUUCACAUCACUCCUUAGCUCGAGAAAAAAUCACCUCUCUAAAAUAAUCAGCGGCGAUGGCCACAAGCGGAGUACCGGCUGGGCGGAGCGCUAGGAGGGCUGCGGCGGAGGAUGAAAAGUUAGUGUUUGAGACGACGGAGGGAAUAGAACCUGUUGCAAGUUUCGAUGAGAUGGGAUUGAAAGAAGAUGUACUGAGAGGAAUUUAUAAUUAUGGAUUUGAAAAGCCGUCAGCGAUACAACAAAGAGCUUUAAUGCCAAUAAUUAAAGGGCGUGAUGUUAUAGCACAAGCUCAAUCUGGUACUGGAAAGACCUCUAUGAUUGCCCUUACUGCUUGUCAGCUUGUUGAUACUGCUAACAGAGAGGUCCAGGCACUGAUAUUGUCACCUACAAGGGAACUGGCAGAGCAGACAGAGAAAGUGAUAACGGCAAUUGGUGAAAACAUUAAUAUACAAGUACAUGCAUGCAUUGGAGGCAAAAGCGUGGGCGAGGAUAUUCGAAAACUAGAAUAUGGAGUUCAUGUAGUCUCUGGAACUCCGGGCAGAGUCUGUGACAUGAUCAAGAGAAGGUCAUUACGUACUAGAGCCAUCAGAGUACUAGUUCUUGAUGAAUCUGAUGAGAUGUUGAGCAGAGGGUUCAAGGAUCAAAUUUAUGAUGUUUACAGAUAUCUUCCACCCGAGCUUCAGGUUGUCCUGAUUUCUGCCACUCUUCCUAAUGAAAUUCUGGAGAUUACAAGCAAGUUCAUGACAGAUCCUGUAAAGAUUCUUGUGAAACGUGAUGAGUUGACUUUGGAGGGCAUCAAGCAAUUUUUUGUUGCUGUGGAAAAAGAAGAAUGGAAAUUUGAGACUCUGACUGACCUUUAUGAUACUCUUACCAUCACUCAAGCUGUUAUUUUCUGCAAUACAAAGCGGAAGGUUGAUUGGUUAACCGCCAAGAUGGUUGAAUUUAACUUUACUGUCUCAGCAAUGCAUGGUGACAUGCCUCAGAGGGAGAGAGAUGCAAUUAUGUCUAAUUUCCGUCUGGGUGAAACUCGUGUACUGAUCACAACUGAUGUUUGGGCUCGGGGGCUUGAUGUUCAACAAGUUUCUUUGGUGAUCAACUAUGACCUUCCAAACAAUCGAGAGCUUUACAUUCAUCGAAUUGGUCGUUCUGGUCGUUUUGGACGUAAGGGUGUUGCCAUUAAUUUUGUCAAAAGUGAUGAUAUCAGGAUCUUAAGAGAUAUUGAGCAGUAUUACAGCACCCAGAUUGAUGAAAUGCCGAUGAAUAUUGGUGAUCUGAUAUAAGACAUGCUGUGGUGGUUAUUAGUUGCUGCGGACAAUGUUCGUGAAUUGUGGCUGGCAUCUGUGUGCACUGCUGCACUGUACACUUUUUUGGCGUUUAAGAUGCGGGUAAGUCUGACAAGAAAAAUGCUAGAGUAGCUUUAACUCCUAUGAUAAGAUUGUGAUUAAGAUGCUCUCUUAUCGAAUUUAUACACUUGUAUGUUACAGACAUGCAUUUUUUUGGUUGCUUGGGUACUUUUUCCCCAAUAUCCUUCAACCAGUACUCCCAUUGUUUAGCGACAAUGGGACAAGGAUCAAUCUGAAAUUGAGUUAUCAUCUAAAUGUUUAUUAUUUA